AACGCUAUAAUUGCAAUGAGGAUGGGUAAAGAUCGAGGGUACAAUGCCCUCCGGGUGGCUAUAUGAUAAAUCAGCAAGUUUCGUGGUGUCUCCCAGAAAAACAGAGCUGCCAGGGGCAGUCAAAAGACCUUCAUGGAGAUCUUCAGGUUUGUCCCCGGCAUCGUCCUUGCCUGCGCGUUCGCCCUGUGGACUUCUCCAGCGCAUGCGCAAGUAGACGUGACGCGUCAAGAUGGCGCCAAGGGCUCGGGUAUCGUGGAGAUGGUGCUGAACGAGCUGCAGGAAGCUUGUAUUUACCCUGACUACAACCUUUUCCUUCGUCGUCUGGCUUACGUUGAAACACACGAUGGUAACGACCCUGCCACCUACACCACGCCCAACUACAACGGAGGCAUAUGGAAGGUGGACGAGGCCAUGUUCAGAAGAACACAGACGGAGGCCAACCAACUGUCAUUUCAAUAUGCCAGCAUCCUGAACAAGCUGGGGAUCGACUGGUCACAAGUCAAGUGGACAGACUUGCGCAAGCCUUUGUACUCGGCACUAGCUGCAGCCUUGUUUCUAACUCUGGAGGGUGGUCCGCAGAAUGUUCCUGCCUCUGUCAGCGCACAAGGAAAUUAUUGGCUGCAGAAUUACCAUCAAAACCAGACUAAUCACACGGCGCAGAACUAUUCUACUAUCGUAGAAAAGUUCCAACACACUUGCUCGCGAACCGAAGAUAUAGACCUCCUGUUCAUUCUGGACACGAGCAGCUCUGUGGGCCCAAAUGAGUGGACGGCCACAACCAACUUCGUCGUUGACAUUGUAGCCAACCUUGCAAUCCACAACGGCAUCGCUCCCGAUAAGGAUCGUGUUGCCAUGAUUACCUUCAGCACCAACGCGAAACUAGCUUUUAACUUCAACAACGGAAGCGACAUCAGAAGCGCCAUGGCGCAGAUCAUCAGCGCCUCUCACGUCGCAGGAGGAACUAACAUAUCCGCCGCCUUCUACUUGGCCCAGACAGAGGUGUUCAACAGUUUGCGCCCGAACGCCGCUAAGGUCAUCGUCGUGGUAACGGACGGCGAUACACCAGACUUCGAGCGGAGGACCCAGUCGUUGAUGGCGCUGAAGAUGUUGGACGUGCAGAUCUUCAUUGUUGGAAUCACCUCCUCCAUAAAGGACACAGAACUGAAGCUGGUGGGCAGCCAGCCCGAGUGCAUCUAUGUUCACCAUAUCCUGUCUUACGACCAGCUGCAUGAUGUCAGGCUGAGCCUGGAGAAGUUCACCUGUCGCGUACCCGAGGUGCUAGAGCCGGGUGUCCACACAUACCCGUGUGGUGUGAACGUUUUGGCACAGAUAUCUGGUAGUGCUUAUGGCUCGUCUUUGACAGUUACUACGUCGCACGGUGAAGUAGAAAUCUUUGGGACUAACUCAACGAACGUGCCAAGCCGUGACGAGCACGAGAUUAACACGACAGCUUCGGUCUUGGCCCCGGCCAGUUUCAUGUCCGAUGACCCACGACCUCUGACCUUCAGCGUCGAGAGCAAGGACCAGGGUGGCCUGCUGUGCAGCGGCAACUUCACGAUACGGGUGGAGGAUAACGCCGUCAAACGUACCGACUGCAACGGCCGCGAACCUGACUUCGUGUUCCUGCUGGACAGCUCGUUAGCUACGACUGAUGACCAGUGGCAGGCCAUGCUGGGCUUCGUCCAGGCCUUCCUGCAGCGCUAUGACGUCAAGAGUAGUCCACCACAGGUGGCGCUGCUGAGCUUCGCCGAAAAUGUAACGACGCACAUCGACCUGAGUCCUCUCUCUGAUAACUUCAAACAGGAAUUGACGAACAUAUCUCGACCUACAGGACUGACCUCUAACCUCGCUGAUGCCUUGGCCUUUGUCGCUCAUCGCGUGCUUGGCCCGGCCUCGGGUGCUGUGCGCCCAGACGCCAGCAAAACCGUUAUCCUCGUUACAUCAGGUCGCCCCUCCACUCCGACCCAGGCGAUCGGUCAGGCGUCUCAGCUGCACAUGCUGGGAUCACGCAUCGUCGUGGCGGCCGUCGGCAACAGUUUUGAUGACGUCCACCUCAACACCAUCGCUUCCACGCGCCUUCACGUGCAGAAAGUUUCCGACGUCGUCCACCUAACCUCGGUGGCCAGCCAAGUUCUAGGGGAGGCAUGUGAAACGGUGGCGAUGCUCUGCGUGGAAGGAGGCGUCUCCCGGGAGUGUUUGAUGGAGGAUGUUAUGGGCGGUUACUGCGGCGAAAUAUUGAAUAUGUUCCGCAGCGUGGCCUCUGACCCGUGCGCGAUGCAGCAAGGGGUUCCAGCAUUCGUGCGCAUGAGUCGCUUCCCACAUCCGACAGACGUGGACAAGUUCUUGCUGUGCGGCAGCGCAGGUCAUGCUUACGUCGUGCUGUGUCCGCUGGGACAAGUGUACAGCCCUCGGCUGGAGGAGUGCCACCCCGCGGGAGCCCCCGUCAACAUCACGCAGGCGUCAACCACGCGGGACACAACACCACUGAGCACAACAUCUACACCUACCACUACUACUACUACUCCGACGACAACGACGACAACGAGGACAACGACGACAGUGACAACAACACCACAGCCCACUACCGCUCCGCUGCCGAACCCUUGCACACCUGACGCCAUCCGCUCAAAUCAGACUUACCAACCACACCCGUUUGACCGGACCAAGUAUUUCCACUGCUCGGGUCUCUACACUGGUCAGAUAGAGAGCUGUCCCACAGGCAGGGUGUGGGAGCAGUCGCUUGUAAUGUGCAUCAUGCAAUGGGUCAUCGUGGACGAGGUCACCCGGCGCACGGACCCCACUUUGAACAACCCGUGCCUGGGCGGCGUGGACUACUUCGCCGUGUUCAGCGACCCGACGGUGUACAUCGAGUGCAACAUCCUGCACGAGGGCUUCUUGCGACACUGCCCUACGGGCCAGGUGUGGAAGUCCAUCUUGUCCGCUUGCGACUCCUUUUGACCUCGACGAUCGCGUUUCCUCUGGCGGGUAGACGUCGUGCGUCACGUGACGUACGGUAGCUCGCGGCACCUGACUACGCAUCCGAUUUACACCCUCAUACUUCCCUGAAGAUUCUAAUUGUUCCAUUUUUAAAGCCAGCCUUUCGUAAGGGCGAAGAGGAAGGAAUUGGGUCUUUUGUCUCAUAUUCCCCAAAUGUCCACGACCAGCAUAAAAUCCGGACACGUAGCCUCCACCAGAAGACCUACAUCCCCACCUUGCCUCGACCCUGUGUUGAUGAUAGUUCUGCUUCCUUUAGCUGUUCUACUCUUUGGCUAAUGUUGCGUGAGUAGUGCUUUGUCGUUUUUUUUAAAAAUUAUUAAACUUGUCCUAAUUA